UACUUCUCGAAGAGAAAGUUUGUGCGUCGAUUUUUCCCUGAGUUUUGGCUGCCUGUUCUGUGAUGUAAAAUCGGUUGUGCUCAGCAGCGACCGUAAACCGGUACAACGCGCUGAUAACGAUGUUGAUAACAAGUGUCAACACGUAGCAAUCGAAAUUAACCUAGAAGAAAGAAAUCAUUAAUAGCCUUGUCUACAGUCGUACAUGUUAUUUUCGUUUGGGUCCGCUGGUGUAUAAGACUCUGAUCGAUACUGCGUGCAAUGGUCGAUAAUUCGGGAAAACGGGUGGUAACCAGGCAAUCGGGAAAACCCGGUGGUGGAUUAUCCAGUGUCGAUCGAUAUGUAUUGGAAUGGCGCAACAUCGCUGCUAUUGCAAACGAAGAAUCGCUAUACGAUCUUCGCCACCUGGCUGUUCGAGGAGAUUUGCGAGUUUCGCCUUUCCGUAGCAUAUGUUGGGCAGUUUUCUUAGGAGCUUUACAGCCACCAUCAGAUAAGUGGAUUAAGCAGCGGAAAGUGCAUCGGGCAAAUUAUCACGAACUUAAAAGUAGAUACAUGCUAAAUCCGCACCUCAACUCGAACGGCAGUGACGACCCUUUGUCACAGUCAAAACAGAGCCUUUGGAAUCAACACUUCUGCGAUCAGGAGCUGUGUGCCGUUAUCAAACAGGAUGUAGUGCGAACUUUCCCCGGGGUGGACUUCUUUCGCAAAAACGCAGUACAAGAAAUGAUGAUUAAAAUCCUCUUCUGUUAUGCCAGGAAGUACCCAGAUAUGUGCUACAGGCAAGGAAUGCAUGAAAUUCUUGCCCCAUUGAUAUUUGUCAUUCACAGUGAUCAGCAAGCCUUGGCGCAUAUCCAGGAACUCGAACCAUCGAUUGAUCCUAGCUUGGUGGCAAUAUUGGAUCCGGAUUUCUUGGAAGAAGACUCUUUUGCAAUAUUCUCCAAAAUUAUGGACCGGAUAUCUUCAUUUUACCGUAUCGCCGAUCUCGUUCCGACUGCCACGGGUUAUUUCCCGGUAGCUCUUCCUCCCACACCAUCCAGUCCGGAUAGGAGUACUGGCAUCCGCCGGAGACCCGAGAUUGAAGUAAUCGAACAAUUGAACUACGUGAAGAACAAAAUACUAAUCAAGGAAGACUUGCAUCUACACAAUCAUCUCUUGAAGUUGGACAUACCUCUAGCAAUUUUCGGCGUUCGAUGGCUUAGGCUGCUGUUUGGGAGAGAGUUUGCCCUACAGGAUUUGCUUUUACUGUGGGAUGCUAUCUUUGGAGAAGGUGAUGAGUUAAGCCUUGUCAAUUACAUUGUUGUCGCAAUGUUAAUUCGAAUCAGAGACAAAUUGGUUUUUAGCGAUCAUACUACUUGCCUAACGUACCUAAUGCAAUAUCCAACUAACGUGGACAUUUCUUUGAUAAUACGGCACGCGCUUCAUAUGAAAUCCCCGAAAAUUUACGAACGUCCUCCUGGGGCGAUGAUAUACGUUUCAUCUCCUUCAGCAAAGAAACCCAAUCAACAGCCUGUGAUGCGCUCUAAGAACAUUGAGAUGGAAUAUAUGAAAUAUUCUACUCUUCCCAAUGUACAAAAGCGACCACUGAAGCCUGAACAUUCGCUUGAUAAUCGAAACGAUCGAUCUCGAACCAGCUCCUUACCGCGAAGCUCUGGAUCACAUCAGAGAAUGACUGCCUUUGAGCUUCGCGAAAAAGCUAUGAACGCCGCAAAACAAGCGGCUGCUGCUUCCAACCGAAACGAACAACCACAUCCCUCUGACAUUAGCGAUGGUUAUUUCGAAGACGACCCCGAGCUUUUAAAACUUGAACUCCAAGAAGCAUACAACAUCAUGUCGGUUAGUCGUGCGAAACUGCUACAAUAUCUCAACACAUUGCGGCACCAUGUACGUCCAUCGAACCCAACGGGGGAACUUCAACAAUCGUUGGAAGGAAUCGAGGAAAUCUGCUCACUGCUGAAACCUCGCUACAGCAACGUUUUCCGCACGCCGGUUCCGAUUGACGCAGCGACCGAGGCCAACGAGGACCAGUCUCAACUAAAUCGUGCUGCCGCAACCCAGCGCACUCAAACGCCUCCCAGUAGCCUUAAUCUGCAACGUUCCUACAACUAUGACCUAGACUGCCGACGGAACAGCGCAGCUUCAAUAUCGCAGUAUGAAAUUCCCGAAGAUCGAUACAGUGGAAUCGCAACGAAAAAACUUGCCAAUGUAAAAGAAGUCGAGAUGCAUGUUUUUCAGCAGAACUUUACUGACCGCACUCGGCGGGUAGACGACAAAGAGAUGCCGCUAGCGGAUCCACUACAGCCAGUUCGUCAAGACUCGGAAUGAUCGUGCUUUCAGAAAUAUGCAUUACCUACAAUACUAGUAUUACAAUAGGCUGUUAAUUUUCUACACCCAGUGGAGCUAAGCUGUUUGCUUGAACAGAAACAAUAAUCUAUUGGACUUUGGGUCACGGUCUCUACAUCGAAACAUUUCCAGUUUAUAUAUGAUGUUGAUAGUUAUCAGUGACGGCGGACGGUGUACGUUCGACCAGUUUGCAUGUUAAUAAAGCAGUGAUUUUUCUACACUUUAUAAAA